AUGCCGUCUCCGGUGAGGAAGACCCCUCGUCAACAGCUCUCAUACCCCGUCGAAGAUGUCGCUAUCCCAUCCGAACCGAAUUCGUUUCGAGAGCUCGGAGUUCUAGAACAACUAUGUGAGGCCUGCGAUGCCCUGGGUUACAAAACAGCCACGCCCAUCCAGGCGCUUUCGAUCCCCCUGGCAUUGGAAGGUCGUGACAUAAUCGCUCUCGCAGAGACUGGCAGUGGCAAAACGGCAGCAUUUGUGCUUCCGAUUCUGCAGGCAUUGAUGGAUAAGCCACAGCCUCUAUACUCUCUGAUACUUGCACCCACCAGAGAACUCGCACUUCAGAUCUCUCAAGUCGUCGAGGGCUUGGGUGCCUCUAUCUCUGUCCGGUGCACAUUACUGAUCGGAGGAGCCGAUAAUGUCUCGCAGGCGAUAGCGCUGGGGAAGAAACCACAUGUUGUGGUUGCAACACCUGGACGUCUUCUCGACCAUCUAGAAAAUACAAAGGGGUUCUCGCUACGUCAUUUGCAAGUGCUCGUCCUAGACGAAGCCGAUAGACUGCUAGACCUAGAUUUUGGCCCGAUCUUGGACAAAAUCCUGAAGAGAUUGCCAAAGAGGACCACAUAUCUAUUCUCUGCAACCAUGUCCAGGAAAGUCGAAACGCUGCAGCGGGCGGCGCUGUCAAAUCCUGUACGUGUCUCAGCGGCUACAAAGCGUCAAACAGUCUCGACGCUCCUACAGUCGUAUAUCUUCGUUGCUCUCAAGCAUAAAGACGUUUAUCUCGUUCAUCUCUUGACAGAGAGAUCGGGGCAGACUGCAAUCAUUUUUACGAGGACGGUACAUGAAAAUCAGAGGUUAUCCACCAUGCUACGCGCUCUAGGGUUUUCUGCGAUCCCUAUUCAUGGUCAGCUGUCACAGAGUGUACGGUUAGCAUCCCUGAACAAGUUUCGCACCAAAUCUCGAAAUAUACUUGUAGCCACGGACGUGGCAGCUCGCGGACUGGAUAUUCCUUCGGUGGACCUUGUUGUCAACUAUGAUUUGCCGGGUGAUAGCAAGACCUACAUACAUCGGGUUGGCAGAACAGCCCGUGCCGGAAAAAGCGGCGUUGCGGUCUCCUUUGUUUCACAGUACGAUAUCGAGCUGUGGCUCCGCAUAGAGGGAGCUCUGGGCAAGAAGGUGGAUGAACAUCAGAUACUAAAAGACGAGGUUAUGACCUUGGCUGAACGAGUUGGGGAGGCCCAACGAGUUGCAGCGCGUGCAAUGAAAGAUAUUCAGGGCAAAGGCGGCAUAACAAUCCCUAAUUCACGACGUAAUAAAAAUGGCAAGCGAAGCAGAGAUGACAUGGAUCAGGAAGAAGGUUAG